AUGCCACAGCCCUCAGUCCCAGAAGACGACCACGUCUUCUCACAGCCAGACAUGGAAGGGCAAAAUGACAGCAGGGGUGAAGAAGUUGGGCCUCCCCUUCAGGAAGAAAACCCUGGACGACACAGCAUCUCUCCAAACAAUGACAGAGACAGUCCUGGAGAGCAGCUACACAAGGAAGAAUCCUCACCGACCGAGGCCAUGAAAUAUGCCUCCCAAGUACAACACCAGGAGCAAUCGAAGGAGAGUGGGUACGACCAAAUGCCGGGUGUGAUGUGGGAAGUAGCAGCAGCGGCCCAGAUAGUUCAGACCCCGGAAGUGCCCGGUCAACAGACGAGCAUAGCCAGCGGUCCUGGGGAGAGCCCAUCGUGGCAAGAAGCAGCACAACAAUGGAAGGCGAGUCGAUACAUUCCAGACCCUCCAAUCCAACCUGACCCCAGAGAGCGUGAACAAUGGGCAGAAGAGGAAUGUCGCGCCCCAGCUAGGAACACGAUUACCAUCGCAGACCUCAGAGCAUGGGCAGACACCUUCGGGGAGCCCACGACUGCACGAAUCUCACCAGUUGAGUCUACUUCAUCCAUCGGGGGAACCCUCGACACUAUUACCGAGGAAGAAAACCCUAUCCCUCUCACACUCCCCAGAUCCUCUGGGGCCCAGACCCCAUAUUAUCCCAACGACGAAGACCCAUGGGGAGAGCAGACAGAUACAAAUGAGUUACUCGAGCAACACCCCCAUGCAGACUCCCUGCUGUGGGAGCGUAGGGUCUUAUUUGCAGACACCAACGAGGAGGACACUGUCCUCUGGCGAGUCUCACAGAUUGGCCUCACUGCAGGUGCCGGAUCUGCCAACGACUAUGGGACCUGGCCCGAGCCUGAUAUAACGAAGUUGGCCCCGACCCAGAGCUCGAAACCUUCCUUACCCCCAAACCAACCUUCUACGUCGACCCACCAUUCAUAUCCCAAAGAGAGCUACAGUGGUGGGCCUACGAUAGAGCAGACUUCGAAGACAUAUUCGAAAGAUAUAGAAGAUACUUCGCAUAUAUCUGGAACUGGAACCAGAUAUGGAUCGAUGGAAAUCCCUACCUCCUACAAUACGAACCCGUCUUCCAUCCAACUGAUCAUCUCGACCGACUGGACCCAUGGGUUAGAGCCAGGAUACAAAUCGACCAGCUCACCCGUGAGAGAGAAUAUGCCAAUGAAUCCCCCUUCAAUGAGGGGGACGAUGAGUUUGUUCAGGGGUCCAGCACCCAUCCCUACCGAAGAAGAACUCUAUAGGAUGAACUGGGACCAGUUCUGGUGGAAUAUGCACGACCAACUACCCCACGAAACCUACUGGUCCACCACGCCCCAGGGGCAAGCUUAUCAACAAGCUGAGCCCAGCUCCCAAUUACAAAGGGACAUAUUAUCACAAGAAACCCAAUAUAUUGCCAUAAACUAUUGGAAUAUCCUACACCCCGACCUGACAACUACUCCAAGGAGGCCGCUAUGA